AUGACUAGGGAUAAUAUUAACAUUGCUAUAAUAAACUACCAGCUUCACAAGGGAUAUGGUGAUCUUUUCGCCCAUUAUUUGCAAAUGACUAGGGAUAAUAUUAACAUUGCUAUAUUUAGAAAGGGGGGAAAUGGGUAUGUGAUGAGAGUGAGAUUGGCGUCGUUCUUCACUGGGGCUGCCGCGGCGUCGUUUCUGGGGCUCUACACCCUCCACAAGGAUUACAAGGUCGCGCACCAAUCCUUUACUCAACAGAUGAAUGACCUCCACAAAUCGCUGGAAGGUCGAAUUUCUUCCUUGGAAAAACUGAAACAAACGGAAACGUCUGAACAGGUUGAAGCAACUGAAUAAGAGUUCAGACCGAAGCAUCCAUUGUGGAAAAAAAAUUGAUUCAAUGUACUUACUAUGAAAAGUAACUUUUUGGUUUGUUUUCCUGAUGAAUAAGUUCAAUUUGACUCAUUUUAUGGCACCUCAUCUGACUGAACUUUUUCGUCUAAAAGAGUACAGAUCAGUUGUGUCACCAAAUGUAGUUUGGAUUAUUAUUUUGGCCAAGAGAUUUUAGCUUUCACCGCAGUUAUACACGGUAAUUAAUGAAUAUUUGAGUGACAUUUUUUUCCCUUUUUAAAA